UACAACUCAUCCUCGUGCCUAUCAAGCUCCAGAUGGUGGGUAUUAUAUUAAUCAAUUUCCUGGCUUUCUUCAUCCAAAUCCACCUCCAUUUCAUGAAUUCAGCAAAGAAAUUCAGGAUCAGGUAAAGUUAAUUAUUAACCAUAUGAGAGAAGUUCUCUGUUCUUCUGAUAAAAAGCAAGAGUUAUAUAUGAUGGGAUUAAUUUCACGGAUAACUAUUGGCCAAAAAAUGAAAAAAUCAAUGUUCCUUUAUUCUGGCCCAGGAACAGGAAAAACAAUGCUUACAUGGUUCCUCCGAGAAAUGGUUCUUGGUCCUAAAAUUACCAUUAAGACUGCUAAUGAAAACAUUAUUACUGGACAGUUUAAUAAAGAAUUGGAAGGUAAGGUUUUACUUGUCCUUGAAGAAAUGUCUAACUCAAAAUCAGGUGACUGGAUUGCAUUUGCAAAUCAGCUCAAAGACUUUAUUGAUAGUGAUUCUUUAAGAAUAGAAGAAAAAUAUAAAACACCAUAUGAUGUUACUAAUGUUACAAAUCUAAUUAUUAGUAGCAAUAAUAGUAAAACAAUUCGUUUAGAUAAGGAAGACAGAAGAUAUUUCAUUCCAGAUGUUUCAGAUAAGUAUGUAGUAAAUGGAAAGGGUUUGGAUCAUUACUAUGCUCCACUAGAUAAAGCCAUAAAAAAUCCAGAAGUUGGAAAGGCUUUUUAUUCAUACAUGUUAGAGUAUGUAAAACUUAAUCCAGACUUUGAUGAAUGUGUAAUUCCUAUGACCAAAACCAAGUUAAUGAUGACAAGCAGAGAUAUUAAUCCAAUUCAUGAAUUUAUAAAACAAGAAUAUAUUUGUAGAUCUUCGGAUCUUAAUGUAUCAUCCUCAUAUUUAUAUAAUACAUAUAAAUUUUGGUUGCUGACAAAUUUUGGUAGCAAGAAAAGACCACCUAUUAUACAAGAAUUCACUUGUGCAAUGGGGGAACUUGGAUUAAAGCCUAAAUCAAAAAGAGUAGGGGAUCGAAAAGCCAAUAAAAGAGUUCAACAGUAUGAAGCUACAUAUGCAAAUCUUUAUGUAACAUUUCAGAAAAAGAAUUUAAUUGACGAUGCUGAGAAUAUUGAUGAACCAGAAGGUUAUCAGCCUGAAAAUAAUACAAUUACUCUCCCUACUGAAAUCCUUCCAGCUGAAGAGCCUCCUACUAACAAAGAGACAUAUACAGAAGAAUCUGUUAAAAUCAAAUCUCCAGCUGAAUGUA